UACUGUCCCACCACAGGCCGGCACGCGUAUUUUGUGCUCUCUGCUCUCGUUUUUUUUUUUUCCUGCCGGAGACAGAGUGACAUGAUGCCCACGCAGCGGGAAAAGACCGCGCACAAUCGACGACGGACAAGAAAUGGAUGCAAUUCCUUUCGAAAUGCACUUUGACACUCAUUGAUCCUUUCAGUAUUCACUUUAGGAAUUUUGCCGUCAGUUUUACUUUUGUUUGGUUGACUCUGACAGCGGCGUUUCAGUUCCCACGGAUUGGCAUCUCUCUAAUCGUUUACAUGGAGCCAGAAGAAGGCAAAGUCUCCGUGUGGGUCUGCCGGGAAGAGAAGCUGGUUUCAGGGCUGACUAAGAGGACCACAUGCACCGAUGUGGUCCAAGUCCUGCUGGAGGACCAGAACCUGCGGCAAGGUGCCUCAGCUGGAAUGCUCUCAGGACCCCCCGAGUCCUAUUGCAUGGUGGAGAAAUGGAGGGGCUUUGAGCGGAUUUUACCCAACAAGACCAAAAUCCUCCGACUAUGGAGCGCCUGGGGGGACGAGCAGGAGAACGUCCGCUUUGUCCUGGUCAAGAACGAGGCGUCACUUCCCAACAAUGGGCCUCGGAGCGCUGAGGCCCGCGUGGUCCGACGUCGGGAGAAUUGGGGUCCCGGCGGAGUGAUCGUGGCCCCCGAUAGGACCUGCUGGCCCGCCGCAGCCCACAACUUGUCCCGGGAGCGGCAGAGGCGCAUUGUGAGGAAGGCCUUCCGAAAGCUGGACAAGAUGAACAAAAAGAAAGAGCAAGCGCACGGUAAAGAUAAGAGCUCGGCGGAGAAGAUGGAAACUUUGGUCCAUCUGGUGCUUUCGCAGGAUCACACCAUCCGCCAGCAGAUCCAGAGACUGGAGGAGCUGGAUCAAGAGAUUGAGAGCUACGAGUCCAAGGUGCACUUUGAGCGCAUGAAGACACACGGGGUCAACUACGUGCAGGACGCCUACUUGGAGGACUCCUCAAAAAUCACUCCGGAAGCGCUGGCCCAGUUCGAGGAGGUGCUGCGGCUGCAGGAGGAGUUGACGGAGCGAGAGGCGCUCGUGGAGAGCAUCGCCGCGGACAUCCAAGAGGAGCUCAACCUUCGAAGGAUGAAGCGACGACGGGAGGAGAAGGAAGAUGAGAAAAUGUCGGAAAUGCGCCCGUCUGCUCCUCCCCCCGUGCUGGAGUGCGUGUCUGGAGAGGAGCCGGUGUUAGAGGAGGAAAGAAUCAAAACGCAGCUGAACACCAGCCUCUACAUUGGCCUGCGACUCAAGACAGACCUGGAUGGCAUUCGGGGGGACUUGAACCUGAGUCUCGCACUCUUGGAGAGCAAGGAGACCGAAAUGCUGGACCUACUGGCCAAAGUGGAAACUAUGGAAAUAGAUCAUCAGGUGGAGAGCAGACUGGAUGACGAUGAUGAUGAUGAUGAUGAUGACGAGGGCGACGAAGCAAAGGUAGAUGAGGGCGCAGUGAUGCCAGUGGAGAAGAGCGGCAUUUGGCUGGAGCAGGCUCGAGGUCUGUCGAAGGUCUGCAACACCAACGACGAGGACUCGGACACGGGCUUGAGCUCCAUGCACAGUCAGGACUCUGACAACCCUCCUGUGUGUGAGUCUCUGGUCUAAAUAUCAUGAAUCAAAUCCCAGGUUUUCAAACUCAAGGUCUGCCAAAUCAUAUUUCUUGGAUUUAUUUUAACAUUGAAAUAUUACAAACAUGUUUUUUGUGUUUUUUUGGGGUCUCCAAACCACUUCUCCAAACCAUUUCCUCAGCUUUUCUUCUGACCUCCGGUUCCAAAACGAGUCACCAUCAAUUUGAUGUGGAUGUAAGGAGUAAAUCACUCGAAUUCUACCCCCCCCCCCCCCCAGCCCUAGAUGUGGCUUCGCAGUGACAACGGAACUCUGAGAAACCAAAAUUGCAACGUGGCCCUCGCAAAAAAAAUGAGUUUGACGCUGAAAUGAAGUACUAAAUUGGUACAAGAAAAAAAAAUAAAAGAUUCUCACCUGGAUUGAGAGCAAGCGAGCUUCCUGUUCCAGUUCCAGGCUCUGACCACCAUCUUCAUGUAUUUUCCUAUUAACGGUCACGUUUAA